AUGGACAGAGCACACACUGCACAGCCCACUAAAGAAAUGGAUUUUUAUGCUGAGAAGUGCCAUAAUCAUAUGACUGAGCUAUUUCCAUCACCCACUGUGAACAUAACAAUAGAGACAGGAAGUAACCAGUCUUUUGUUCAAUUUCUGCAGGAAGAGACAACAGAAGAACACUCUUUGCAGAUUCUUGCUAUGCUGCUUCUUUUCUCAGAGGGAGUGCAUAUUCCUAUUGAAGUUACCAACAAGAAACUGAAGGUGUAUGAAACAGACAAAAAAGACAAAAUAUACUUUGAAGUGUCUAUGGUCAUCCUGUGGCUAGAUAUUACAGCGAGUGAGACAAAAAGGUUUGAAUAG